UAACGCCACUCCGUUGUAUUCGCGCUCUAAAUCCGCCGUUUUCUACCGUUAAAGUCCGUUGGCUAGCUCACGUAAGUUAACGUUAAUGUAGCGUUGUAACGUUAUUAGCUCACGGUUUAGCUUGCGUUAACCGAUGUAGCCGCAUCGGCUUAACGUCUUUUCUAUUUAUUACAACGUUAACUUAAUUCGUUCCCCAAACAUAGCAAUCUAGCUAAAUCGCGAUUAUUUAAUAUAAGAUAAGCAAGAUAGCGUAUGUCUGCAUUUAAUUAGGUUGAUUAAACGUUUAGAUGUUAACGUUUGUGGUUAUCUUAACAUUAUGGUUACGUUAACGUUAAGUUACUUGCGGACUGAUUUGUACGUUUCGCAGCGAGCAAUCUCCAAUAACGUUACCUCACCAAUUUUCACAAAGUUUAACGUUAGUUCAUAACUUUUAUAAAAGUUAUUUUAAAGUGCCUAAUCUUUAAAGCGUGAUUCGGCCGCUCUAUUGUGCACAUGGAUAGGGAACGUAAAGCUGUCGUUUCAUUGUUUACGUGGGUUCGUUAUUGUUUGGACUCAACAUCGCCCCCAUUGCUUGUUGCCAUGUUUUCCCUGCAGAUCCAUCAUGGCUUCUCUUCCGGCCAGUGUGGUACAACUUGCACAGCAGCUGAUCAAAAGUCGGUUUCAAUGAUUCACUUUCAUUCAUACCGGUAUAUAAUCUGACCCCGUGUCAGUUUCUUGUAACUGCUAUUUUUCCCGUUGAUUCUAUUGGUCAGGACUCUACCCGCUCUAAUCUGAUUGGUGCAAAAAUGAUAACUUUUUGCCGCAUUGGAAACAUGGUUGCAUUCAAGUCCACACAGUUAUUUAAAUAAACACCAUAUGGAAAUAAAGUUAAUUGAUUUAACGUUACUUAAUUUGGUUAAUAGGGGAAAAAGCAAUUCGCGGUAGCGCAGUUGUUUCAUACUUACACAUAAACAGGUGUUGUGUUUGCAAGCAAGGCAAACUUUCCCUGGUCAAAAACAAAUGCGUAGUAAUUUCCUUCUUGGUAAUUUGUAAACACGAGGACACCAUUAAAUUACCAGGAUGUCGCCUAAAGAGAGUGAAAUAAAUGGGAGCACAUCGACAAACCGCGCGUUCAUUAGUAGUAGUUACGUAGUUCGUAGCCUUUCAUCUACUGAAAUUGAGAUGAACUGCACGAAAUGAAUGCAGCAUGGAUUCGCGGGAGACAGUCAAGGGGAGAAGGCCCAAGUCCGUCCCUUAAGGAGAUGGCACAGAAUUUGGCAGUGAACGUAGUUGUGCAAUCAGGGGCACCAAAUCGAUAUGAGCUGCUAGCUUGGGUCAAUGAAUCUUUACAGACGGGUUUCACCAAGGUGGAGCAGAUAUGCACAGGUGCAGCCUUUUGCCAGCUGAUGGACUGGUUGUUUCCUGGGUCCCUGGACCUUUGCAGGGUCCGGUUCCAAAGCAACAAAACAGUGGACUUUAUCCACAACUACAGUUUACUGCAAGCUGCGUUCAGAAAAGUCAGAGUGGUCCAUGACAUCCCCAUUGAGGAGCUGAUGAAGAGGAACUCCUUAGUGGCUCUGACCUUCCUGCAGUGGUUUAAGCUGUUCUUUGACCAGAACAAUAAAGGCAGGGAGUACCAUGCCCUGGAGGCCAGAGGCGGACAGAGUAUGGUUCCUGACUCAGAUUCCUCCCAGACCUCUCAUCAGAAACUGGAGAUUAUUUUGAAGGUGGAUGGCCAAGCAGUGGAAGAACCGAGAAACGAAAAACCAAGAGCAAACUUGAACCGGAAGGCCGAAGUGGUAGUUUUUAUAUCUGACGACGAGGAUGAUGUGGUGGAUGUGACGAUGGAGCAGAAACCGGAGAAAAUGGAGACACAAGUGAAAGAAGAGUGUCCACAGCCACAGAAGACAAUGAAGGUGGAGCAAGCUGAAGCAGCAGUGGACAAGGGAAAUCAAGGGAGUGGGUCCUACAGCAGUGAUACUUUAUUGCACUUCAUCAGAAGAUACUGGAGUGUCAGUGCUGACUCGAGUACAGACCCUUCAGUCCCUACCAUCCUGAGUCCAAUCCACCCUAGAGACAUCAUUCUGGCCUGCUAUGACACGCCGUACUGCCUCUACCUGUAUACGGGGGUAGAGCUGGGUGAAGGACAGAGCACAAGUGUCAUCCUGAUUGGCUACUUUGACCAGAGCGCAGGGGUCAAUGUGGUGAGGCUGCUGCACACUCUGGAGAUGAACUCUGACACUGAUGCACAAUCUCUGAUUCAGACGCUAAAGAAGUGUGGACUUCCUCUGCCCAACCUUGCUGUGUUCUACUGUAACUCUCCAAACGUGGAGGCGAACCAGGCUUUUGUAGCCCAGCUCAAGGCUUUCAACCCUGGGUUGAUAUCACUCUGCGGCCUCUCUGGGAUUGCAGGAAGAGCCAGCCAGGCUGCACUCUCGGCCUCCUUUCACUCGGUAGUUGACCUGGUUAGAGACAUCCACCAUCACUACUCCACCUUCUCCUCCGUCAAUGACAGCCUGAAAGAGCUAUUUGCUGAUGCAGAGCCUUAUAACCCAUCGUGUUCUAUCUCUGCACAGUGUUUAUUUAUCAUCAACACUGUGCAGAAGAUGGUCAGCAGCUGGAGGGAUGUAGUGGACUAUUUUAAGUCACUGAGACAAGCAGAGGAUACUGACCGGAUCAGAACCCAGCUGAUGAGUCAUAAAGUCAAGCUGCAGUUCCUGUUCCUCUCCCACACUUUGGAGCCCCUCCGAGCUCUCCAAGAAUUGCAGCAGGACGGAAAAGCAGAGGUGGCUGUGGAGCUCCAGCUGACCUCCAUGCUGGUUCACUCCUACGCAGCCAGUCUCCUCCAGCCCUCUGUCGCUGAGUGCUUUCUCAGGAACCGAGAACUGCAUGUGCUACACAAUGAGAUGAAGCUACUCCCCACUUCUGAGGUGAACGUAGGUUCUCGUGCCAGAGAGUUCCUGUGGGCCACCGCUGUCGUGGAUCUGGGGGAUCACGAGAGGAGGGAAUUCCUAAAGGACGCGGCGUCUUUCUAUAAAGCAGCCCUACAGAGUAUAGUAGAAAGUAUUCCUAAGCAGCUCGGAGAUGUGGCACUGAGGAAUAUCGGCAAAGUUUUGAAACAUCCUGAAAAUAUCAAUGAUAAUAAAUUAUCCAGGCUUGUGCUGUUAGAGUUGGGGGAUCAGCUGGGUCUGUGUGAAGCUGGGACUCCAGAACAACGUCAGCUGGCAUACGACUAUGCCAGUGUCGUCAAGACGGCAAAGGAGGAACAGACGAGUGGAACAGGUCACUGCUGGGCAAAGAUGUUGCGCGGCAUUAGGCCGUACUCUACUCUGCAUAGACUCCUCCUGACUGUCCUGGCCCUGCCGAGCUCCCUAUGCAGGACGCAGGUGUUUGCUAAGGCUUUCAACACCCCCAGUAUCCUUCAUGAAAGGAAAGAAACCUCCAUAGCCUCAUCUCAACCAGGCAGGUGGACAGGAAGACCCCGCAUCUGUAGAAGAAAACCUGUCAAGGCAAGAAAUGGUUAUAAGAAGAAAGAAGAAGAAGCUGGAGAGAAUUCAUCAGAAGAAAGUGAUGGUUAUGUGGCCAAAACCCGUCUAAAUAUUCCAUCGCAACACUACAGCAGUAAGGAGGACUCGGCCAACACCCGUCUAAAUAUUCCAUCGCAACACUACAGCAGUACGGAGGACUCGGCCAACACCCGUCUAAAUAUUCCAUCGCAACACUACAGCAGUACGGAGGACUCAGACUACACAGACAAUUCCUCUGAUGUGGUUGAUCUCACAGAAGACUUCAAAGUACGUCGGCACAACAGGGUGAUAGAAGCAGAAAGUGAUAGCCCUCCACAGGCGGAGACUGUGGUUAUUGUGAGCGAUGAUGAUGACGUCAUGGUUUCAACAAGCACACCAUCCAACUCAACAGAACUGCUGGAUGCGGCGGGGGAGCUGGUCUGGGGUCAGGUGGAGGGCUUCACUCCCUGGCCAGCCGUCAUUGUACCGUGCAGGGGAGAGGUUGAACUUCCAGGGAAGAGGAUGGUGGAGUGGUACGGACAGCGAAUGUCCUCUCAGGUCAGUUUGGAGGAACUGAAACCAUUCGGUGCCUUCGCCCAGCACUUCAGCGCUAACUCCUUUGCCAUCCUCGUCACCUACCGAGAAGCCAUCUUCUUGUCCCUGCAGGAGGCGGCUCUGCGUUGUAAGAAGCAGUUUUCUCCACGUCUUGAGGACAGAGAUGAGCUGCUGAAACAGAUGUUAGACUGGGCCUUUGGAGGCUUUGAACCCACUGGGCCAGGCGGAUUCAUACAAGGGGCUACAACAAAUGGUGUAACUAAAACAACAAAUAACAGACCAAAGGUGAUGAAGAAACUUUUCCCGCAAGCCAAAUCUUCUCCUCACUCCUUCGGCUCGCCCCACUCGAUGAGCAGCAAGAGCAGUAUCAUCAGCGCUGAGCUGAAAGAGGUGGCUAUCUCUUUAAACAGACUGUCGUGCGACUCCUUAGAAAAGUCCUCCCACAGAGGUGGAGGCAGAAAAACUACGUGGGAGGACAGAUUUGAUAUAGCGGGAAAAGGCUCUAAAGGAGUCAUAAAGGAGAAGGGAUCCAGAGGAGGGUGGACAGCAGAGAGGUGGAAACAAGGGAAGGGGGGAUGGGAGGGAGAGAAAGAUGACUGGGGAGUAGGCAAGGGCAAGGGAGGGUGGAAAGGGGGAAAGAGUCUGAAGAAGAAGAUCGAUGGAUUCGAUGAUGACAUGUCACCAGACUUUGUGCCACACAAGAAGAGGACCUACACCAAAGUUUACAAUAAGGUCAACCAGGCAACCAGCGUUUACACCCAGCCGGACCAAAAACUCAGAGAAAAGACCAUUCGUAAGAUCAUGGAUAUGAAACUGGACAUUGAAGGCUUCUGUUUGUGUUGUGGAACUGACAAAGUUGAAGUGUCCCACCCUCUAUUUAAAGGCAGCCUCUGCUUGGAUUGUAAAAAUAACUUAACAGAAACUCUGUAUCGUUACGAUGAAGAUGGAUAUCAGUCCUACUGCACCAUCUGCUGCUAUGGACUGGAGGUCAUACUGUGUGGCAACAAUAGCUGCUGCAGAUCUUAUUGUGCGGACUGUAUGAACAUCCUCGUCAGUCCGGGGACGUUUGAUUCCUUAAAGCUGCUGGACCCGUGGAUCUGCUGCUUGUGUCAGCCUCAUCGACCCCACGGCGCUCUGAUUCCCAGAAAGGACUGGAGCAUUCGUGUUCAGGAAUUAUUCGCCAACAACAGCGCCAUGGAGUUUCUAAUAAGCCUGAUUCUUCCAUGCUGGCAUUUCACUGACUUGCUGCAACGUAACACCGCCCCCCUGGCGAUCAGGUCACCAAUCGGUGAUCUCAAGUAGCCAUGAUCUGAAAAUAGAGAUGAUCACCCAACGCUGCUGUGGACACACAUAAGCAUUAAAACAACAAAGUAAAAGGAGCCACACCGUGUUUACCCGUCCAUCCCAGCCAACCUGCGCAGACCAGUUCGAGUUCUGUCCCUGUUUGAUGGCAUAGCAACAGGUGAGUAC